ACCACGACUCACGGCCCUGUCCUCAUCCUUCCUGGAUCCGGUUUCCCCAAGGUCGCAUUUAUCAGCUUGCGACCAUAAUCGCGCCGCGGUUCAUCCCCGAGACUAUGGCGACCGCAAUUUCAAAGCCGACUUCACAUACCCCUAAGAUGAAGCGACCGCCCCCGCCUUUCGUCCAGACCGGAGUCAACGGAGUCAAGUCUCAACAAUCCUCCUCUUCUUCUCCCCCCUCCUCCGCGAAACGUCUGCCCGGCUCGAAUCAACCGGCUUCAGCAAGCUCCGCCGGCGGCCCAACGUCAAAUGGCGUCAAUGGCGCGGCUAAUGCGGCUGCCGGCUCGAACAAGGCUACUCAGAAUCGACCUAAGAAGGAAGCGCAAAAGCCCGGUGACCCGGCCGCGCGGUUACAAAAACCAUUGUUAAGGUCCUUAUCCAUUGACAAUGAUCGUCGCGCAGGGAACAGGUGUCCCGAGCCAUAUGUCAAAACGUCGUCUUACAUCCUCAAGAAGUUCUCCAAAUGCCCGCCCUCACUUAUCCUCCACCUUCACCCAACACAUUUCCGCUUCGAGCAACAAGAUGGAAGCUUCCCUUAUAAUUCCGAGAUGAAGGUCAUCAUCGAACACAUUCGUGCCGGAACCGUUCCCCAUGAUAUGAUGGAGGAGCUGUUGCGGGCUAAUGUCCGAUUCUAUGAAGGCUGCCUCAUCGUUCGCGUGGUCGAUCACAAGUCGGUGUCAGCCCAGGCCAGGAAGUCGACUGCGCCGACUUCCAACGAGAAUAACACCCCAUUCUCGAUUCAUAACUAUAACGAGCAUGUUACACCAUCGGCUUAUGUGCCCUACCCAAAGCAAUCCCAAUUAAACUCCGAUAAGCCGGCCGCCAAGGAAACCCCAACCGGAAAUCAACCCGAUGCGAAAACCAACGGCGAGCAGUCCGGCGACUCGGAGAAUCGUGCAGAGGAAGCUACAUCGAACUCCGCUCAACCCAAGCAGCCUCCAAAACCCCGAGUUUUCACUACCGUGCUCCACCCGACUCCACGUUCCUUGCAAGCGGAACUCACUUUACUUGCCACUACACCCGAUCCCAAAGCGGCGAAACAGUCGGCAUCAAAUGCUGCCUCGCGUCCUCAGCAGUCCUCGUCUACAGCUCCACCAUCUCCAGGAGGGUCAUCCAAUCAGACCGAGCGUGGACAUCCUGCAAAACGACAGAGAAUGUUGGUUGAACCUCAGGAGUUUCUGGAAUGUGAAGCAAGAUUGACAAGAGCACUGGCUCCACCUCUCUUCUUGGACCCUGUCAACAGUUUCGACGCUGUGCAAGAUCUGCUGAAGAUCAUGGAGAGCCCGCUCCACCGCGAUCCGCCACCCUCACCAAAGAGGAGGAAGCGUACCGUGGCUGAGCUCGCUGCUGACGAGGCGCUGGCUGCCGAGGAAGAGAGAUUUAUGCUCAUCAUGGAUGAGCGUCUGGAGCCUACCUCCUCCGGUGGUGCUGGAGGGCCGAAAUCCGCGGUUGUGGAUGAUACGGGUGGUGGUGCACCAUUUGAGCCUCGAUUUUCAAGGUUCAAGACGCUUGAGAAUAUCCGUAUGCAGCAUGAGGAGAAGGCCAAGCGCGAACACGAAGUCAAGAUGAAACAGGAUUUGGCUAAACGACAACAGCAAGAGCAGGAGAGGGAGAAACGUCGCCUUCUGGAGCAGCGACAGAAUGAAGAGCACGCUAAGGAGGAGGCUCGUAGACAGCACUUUGCCGCGCAGGCUCAGGCGCAACUUGCGGCGCAGCAGCAGCAGCAACAGCAACAACAACAGCAGCAGCAACAGCAGCAGCAGCAGAAUCGGCUUGUCAUGGCGCAAACUAACGGGGUUAGCCAAGCGCCGCAGUCUUCGCCGGUGGUCCGUAAUCAGACACCUCACAACACCUCUUCGCCUGUUGUUGGCAACACAAUGGCCGCACAAGCAAGUGUUCCUAUGAGCAUGACGCCUUCUAUGCAGGGAGCAGGCAGCCCCCAGAGGCCGCCAUCUGCAUUGCAGCACGCCCAUCCUACAGUUAUGAGCCAUCCGAUGGCACCUUCCAGAAGCCAACAGGGACAGAGCCGACACGGGACGCCACAGAUGACUCAAGGAACGCCAGCAAUGUCUCAUGCUACACCUAUCAUGCGCAAUGUAACACCAACACAGCGUAUGAGCCACGCCAGCCCGAGUCACACGACAAUGGCUCCAACACCGGUGAUGAACCAGGCUACCAUGAUGGGAACACCACAAAUGGGAGGCGGAAUGGGCCUCACACCUCAACAGCAACAGCAGAUGCUAUUGCAGCAGAGGCAACAACUUCUCGCCCAGCAAGGGCAUAUGGUGCAGAAUCAGUUUUCGCCCAAGCAAGUAGCUCAGAUGCAGGCCAACGCACAUGCGCAGCAGAACAUUCAAGCCCAUCAGCAGCAGAUGCUACAAGCCCAGCAGCAAAAUUUCCAGGCACAGCCCAAGUUCCCGAAUCCACAAGCCUAUCAGGCUCAGUUGAUGCGUGCGCAGCUCGCGCAGAUGCACAUGGCUCAGCAGCAGCAACAGCAACAGCAGCAGCAACAACAGCAGCAACCGCAACAGCAGCAAGGCCAGCAAUCACAGAAUCAACAGGGACAGGUACACCAAAACAGCCCACAUAUGAACCCUCAACAGCAGCAAAUGCUAAUGGCAGCGGCUCAGGCCAAUGGAGGUCAUCUGCCACAAAAUAUGCAAGGUAUAAAUUUGGCACAGAACGUCAUCACUCCACAGCGCUACCAGCAAUUGUUCACUCAGCGAUUAGUACGGCUUAGGCAAGAAAUGGCGGCUCGAUUGAUGCCACAGUACGGUUCACCGUCUCAGUUCCCACCACAUAUACAACGACAGUACACGACGGGACUGGAACAGAAUGCCAAAGCCUGGGUUCAUGACAUUGUUCGACGAGAGCGCGAGCUGAUUCAGCAACGUGCCAACCAGGUUGCUCAUGUUCAAGCUCAGGUGAUGCAGCAGCAACAUCAGCAGCAGCAACAGCAACAAAACAUGAUGCAGAACGCCCGGGGAAGUAGCUGAUUUGCUUUGCCUUCUUUUUCUUUUUCAUUCUAACUACAAUAUGCCGCAGGGCUAUUCUUUCAUCUUUACCCUUCUUCAGACCUUACCAUUCUUAUACCUUCUAUCGGAUUUGGACAGCGCAUGGCGCUCCCCACGAACCUCCACGAUUAUACAUUCGGAUUA